CAUAACUCAUCUCCUACAAUCAGCUCAUUCUCAUCCUCUCCUUUCAAUGAAUAAAUCCAUUUCGUAAAGAAGCAGCAUUGCGAAAGAAGGAGACAACGGGAAGUUCAAAACUGUCUCCCUGAAGCACUUUUCAGCUUUGCGUUCCAUACCUAGAUGCAUCUGUUCUCUCCUGUUCCACUUUUGGGACAGAGGCGCAGAUAGAGAAAGGGAAGAAACUGGGAAGUGGAGUCUGGUCCAAGGCCACAAAGCACCACAGCCGUAAAGUAUUGAAAAGAAACAGCCAAAGUGGAUCAAUCUUCAAGUGACCCUUCAUUGAACAAUGCCUCGAAAGAAAGAUUUCAUUGUUGAGGCUGCCAUUUCCAGCGAUUUUGAUAUCUAAACUGGAUCCAAUAUUCACGUUGGUCCGGGUUGUUCACCCUAUUCAUUUGCAACAUUGUGGGUGUGUUUCCUUGGGCCUUCUGGUCACAACCUAUCCUAGCACGGUGUAAUUAAAUAGAGCGCAGAGCCUGUUCCAAAUACAUACGUCCAAGUAUGAACCAUGUCGUUGACUUUUCGUCCUGAUCUGGAAGUCAUGUAAGCGACACAUUCUGAUCGGAAAACGAAUCAAUAAUCGAAAAUGUGGAAUAACGGACACGGCAAGAACUUCUCCCGAACGCGCAAGAAGGUCUUUGACUAACAGGUCGCUUUUGAGUAUUAAUUGGAUUUUGUCACUAUGACCUCGGCUGGUUGAAGUCUUUAUGUUGAAUCCUCAGAACAAUGUCUCGGCCUCAAGAGACAGUAUCAUGGUUUGUGGCUAUGAGCGACUUCUGCUCCAAAACAGUGGAGUCCUUCUUCGAUACCAUUAUCAACUUGACUACCUGUUUCCGGCUGUCGGACGAACACGUGUCGGAGAGUUUUGCCACCCACAACAACAUCCGAGCUUUGACUAUAGCUCAGGAAAACAGAGAUUCUAUGGGCCUUUUGGCCGCCAUUUUCACAGGUCGAGAGGCCAAGGCCCGGGAACUACUUACCCUCCCGUGGACCAACAUCAAUGCUCAAUAUGCCAAUGGCAACUCUCCCCUCAUACUGGCUGUUCAAGGAAAUAAUGAAAUCAUCGUCCGCCUCUUGCUCAAUCACCCCCAAGUGAAUGUGAAUCUCCGGGGUCUGGAUGGAUACACAGCACUGAUCCGAGCAUGUCAGGAUAGGCCUGAUUUUGUCAGAAUGAUCUUGGCGCGCGCAGACACAGAUGUGAAUAUGGCCACCUAUUUUGGCACCACUGCCCUAACGUACGCCAUUCGCUGCGGCAAUGAAGAGGCCGUCCAAUAUCUCCUAAUGCGAGCGGAUAUCAACGUGAACUUUCAAUCUCGUCAUGGAGAGAACGCUCUGAUUGAAGCUGUGACCUAUCGGAGAUACGACCUUGCGUGUGCCCUUAUUUGCCGUGAUGACGUCGAAGUAGACAUCCUGGACAGCCGGGAUCGGACUCCCCUCAUAAUGGCAGUUCAAUACGGACACUUGCCUCUAGUGCGUUUGUUAUUGUUUGAUGCUCGUUGUGAUCCGUGUGCCGAGGAUGACCAAGGACGAAAUGCCUUGUACUACGCCCUAAAGAGAGGGUCAAGUCCCAUGGUCCAUGACCUCGUGGAGGUCUUGUCUCAUCCUCAGCCGCUGACGCGGCUAUGUAGGACAGUGAUAAGGCGGGCCAUCCGGUCCAAGAUCGGCUUUGGGUAUACACUGAAGCCUCAGAUUGACAAGUUCCAUAAAUAUGAGCUGCCCAAAUCGUUGCGUCAUUUCAUUGCAUUUGACCCUUGAUCAGUAUCGUCAGCCCAUGAAACGCCCACACGCACAUCUUUUCAGCCAUGAAAACGCAAACAAAACUCAGAAAUGACUUUUAAACUUUGACCCUCCUGUUUUUCGUCCCCAAAGAUCUGAAUGUGUUCAAAUUGAUACCUGCUGGUCGUGUUUUAUACAAUUCAUUAUCAAUCCGUCAUACUGUAUAGUACACGUAUGGGAAGAACAUUGAUCAUAUAUGGUCAUCUGAAAUCAUGUCUCAAGCAAUAAUGCGAUGAUUUCGACCUUGGGUAUUUCUACUAUUUUAGCAAUGAUUAUCAAAACUCUUUUAUCACCUCUCCUUCGCCAUAAAAUUCUUCCAAAGAAAGUAUUACAAUCGCCAUGCGAAGAGAAUUAAUGGUGUACCUUCAAGGAGCAUGCGAAGUAUCUGUUCCGAAUAUUCGAAACUGUCAAAAUGUUCAUGUGAUGUCCAAAACUUUACUCAAAGCAUAAUAAACCAAUCAAUCAA